AUGUCGAAGAAAAAGCCUGAAUCUGAUGUCAAGGUAAUCAAGAGAUAGCAACGCCUACUCGAUAAUCCUUUACAAGCAAAAGAAAAAGAUUUAAGGCAGCACAUGGAAGCUUUAAAAACUAAUUUAUCAUCCAGCAAUGGAGCAAAUUUCUUAGCCAAAGCCAACGAAGAAUGCGAAUUUAUUGAGUCAACCUUACGAGACAUAGAAAAUUAUCAGCCAAAGUCUCAAGCAGAACAAACAAAAAAAGAAAAAUUAAUGCAAACUUACUCUGAUGAGUUUGAAAACGCCCUCAACUCAUUCCAGGAAUCUCAAAAAGCACAAAAAGCUCAGGCUCAAGUCCAAGUUCACGAUUUAUUUACUGAAGAAAUGUUAAGGGAAAGAAACGAAAGGAUCCACACAGUCGAAAUAAAAAUGACCCUUAUUGCAGAAAUGCUCAAGGAUUUUGCAGAAAUGACCAGAGAGCAAGGUCUAAAACUAGACCUUAUAGAAAAUAACAUCCAUGAAGCAGGCGAAAACACAAGCGGAGUUGUAGAUGAGCUAGAAAUUGCAAGUAGACGAGGUCGAACGAAAAAGCGAUUCUGCAUGAUCUUUCUUUUAGCUUUAUUUUUCCUAGUCAUUUCCGUACUUUUGUUACUCAUAUUAACAAGACUAUAA